CAACACGUUUACUACGGAAUCAGCGUUACAGACGAACGGAAGAGUAGUAAAGUACGAAAACUGCGCAGAGUUCUAAGGCGGUGGUAGAGUUCAACACGGAUACAACGUAGCGUCCGUCGCGGCUGGAGUCGUGUAAAAACCCCCGGGACGAACUGGCCACAUCUGGAAAGAAGGUUAAAGGAACUGUGUGGAACGGGGACUCGAACGCUGUUUUUCUGGUUAAAAAAAAAAAUUGAACGAAACGACGCUUUCGGCCCGGGACGCAUCGCGAAGGCUCGAGGUGUUUUACAUCGAAGCCCUGACUGAGACAACGACGACGGGCUGCCACGACCCGGCGUCGGUUUGGUCUCCACCUGAGAUAAACCUCUGUAUCGAGUCGCUCUCACUCUCCUGUUUACUGGAAAAUUCAGAGCCACUCCUGGCCAGGAAACAGGGCGUUUUCCAGCCAAGCUGCCAGGAGGAGAAGCAGAAAGCCACAGUUCAGAACAGUGGAUACAAUGAGGGAGCCAGAAAGAGAGGAGCAACCCACAGAAACCAUGCCUCCCAAAUUCAAACGGCAUCUCAAUGACGACGAGGUGACGGGAUCUGUGCGCAGCGAGAGGAGGAACUUGCUUGAGGAGGACUCAGAUGAAGAGGAGGACUUUUUUCUGAGAGGACCAACUGCACCCAAAUUUGGACCUAAAAAUGACAAAAUCAGACAAGUGCAGAAUCAGGUGGAUGAAGUGAUUGAUGUCAUGCAGGAGAACAUCUCCAAAGUCAUCGAGCGGGGGGAGCGCUUGGAUGAACUGCAGGACAAAUCAGAGAGCCUGUCAGACAAUGCUUCGGCUUUUAGCAGUCGAGCCAAACAUCUGCACAGGAGGAUGUGGUGGAGGGACAUGAAGAUGAAAGCCAUAAUUGCACUGGUAGUGGUCAUUCUCUUGCUCAUCAUUAUCAUUCCCAUCAUCCUUCAGUACCACUAGUGCUUGCCUGAGGGGUUGGGACAUGUGAGAGACUGACACCACCAUUUCCCCUUCUGUCUUAACUUCCUGUUUCCUGCAUCCACUCCCCAACACCAGAAGGGGAGCUCUGACUCUCUGUGGAUGAGUGCCGGACUGUACCGUGCCAAUCUGUCUGAUUCUGGGGGCAGGGUGACACCAAGCCAGUCCGGGACAAGUUGGGUUUGUGUGAUUUACUACAGUGUUUCUGCCACCACUAAGGGGGAAAGGACAAAAGGAAAGAUCAGCGUGCAGAAGUGAACCUUGUACGCUGCACACACAGGCCCCCAGUGGGUGUAGCUGCUCUACAAUGAGAAGUACUGCGGCAAAUCAAAUCCCACACAGAUUUUGUUACAUUGGCAGGCUAUGUUCCUCCUGUCUUCGUCAAUGCCAUCCAUCAUCUGUACAGACUCCAAAGCAACAACAUACAGUCCUGGAAUCAUGAAAGCCUGCUGCCUACCAAAAAAUACACUUAGUUAGGCCUCCCACUCAUUUCUCUGUAGGAUUCUGUAGAGUGUAUAGUGUAUAAAACAGAACAGACGUGUUAGUACAAUAGACUCCCUUCCCUUGCAGUUGGUGUUUGCAGUUACUAAUAUUGACAAGCAUGUUGAAGGUUAAUAGUAAUGGCUUGUAUAACAAGGACAUUAGGUGUAAGGGUUUUACAGAUGCGUAUUCCUUCAGAAUAUGUUUAAAUUGAUAAUUAUCUCACAGGGUUAGAAUGACUUUUCUGCUUGUUUAAUCUUUUUUUUUAGUUAAAACAUCAAAGUUAUGUUAAUGUAAUGUAGUUUUAAACUUUUGCUGCUGCUAUUACUUUGUCACAGGGCGACAGUGUAUUUUGAUUCUUUUAUGUCAGUUAAAUUCUGUGUUUAAAUUAUCACUGUUAAUUUUGAUAUGGUGUUAAAGAGAACAAAGAUUGCUGAAAGUGGUGCGUUCAGAUGUUAACUUAAUUUUGUGGUAUGAAGACAAGGAUUGUGUAUUGACCAUCCAUCACUGACUGCUUGAAAUUUUUUUAUAACUGCAGGGGUGAGAUCAGUGGUAUGGUAACAUGUAUUGUGAGGUAAACGGGCAUAUCUGUAUAUUAGGAUUAGUGUAUUUUUUCUUUACUUUUUCUAUUUAAAUAUAUUCAUUGCUGAAAUUUAAGAAGAGCAUUGCAUUCACAGACUGUGAACUGUUUUUUGUUUCUUUGGAAUAAAGUGAUUUU